UUCUCUGUUGUCUCCUCGAUUUAAAGUGAUCUGUCGAAACAAGAAACAACAUCAAAUUACAAGACAAUCAUUCGACAAACCAGAAAGCAAUCCACGAUCAUUCCAUCAGAAGAAGAAUCAAACUUCCGAAGCAGCAACCAACGGACCAGAAUCACGAACUCUGCAAUAUGCCAUCCCUCGUUGAUGCAUCCAUCGCCACUGCAUUGAUUUCACCCGAUCCACUUUCGUUGUCGGAAACCGCAAGCGCUUCUGAUGGCGCCGCCGACGCCGGUGCACCUUCCAAACCCAACGAGAAGAGCAACGCUGCCACCGAUAAGGAGAACGAAAAUAAAAAAUCAAAGGCAAAGGAAGAGAAGGCUCCCACAGUCGUGACGGCGGACGAACGCUUUUAUGCCGUGGAUUCUUCCAAGCUAAAAAAACUAAGGGAGGAAAAGCCCUGGGUGGGUACUUCUGGACAACAGGAACAGCAAGCGAGAGGGGCCCAGCAAAGCACCGAAAGCGGGACGGCCUCCAAGCGACCACUGGCCAAGUUCUUUGAGAGCGUUUCCCUUAGUCCCAGCGCCGUAACGAAAAUGAUGAUGCACUGCCAGUCCGGUGUGGAGAAGGGCAUUGCUCAGGGAGGGAAUCCAAUCGAGGGUAGGUGUCUUUGUCUGUCAAGUUGAAGAAACCUUGGGUGCGAUGGGAUGGACUGGYAGUUCCGGAAAUUGUAAAAUAAAACGAGCCACGUCGCGAAGCGGUGUUUUGUAACAUCUUUUGCCGGUGCUUCCAAAUCCUAAUUGUUGUUCUUAUUAUAAUUCUCACAUAAUUUGAUUUGAUUUUAUUGCGGUAUCACAUUCACAACUGCCAUUGUUCUCUUGAAUGCUCGCUUUCAUCAGUCAUGGGACUCAUGCUCGGCCGCCCAGAUCCACACAAACCCACAAAUCUGAUUGUCACCGAUGCUUUUCCUUUACCCAUCGAAGGAUUCGAAACACGGGUCGUUGCCGACGAUGAAAACGUUGUAAACCACAUGAUUUCAUUGGGAGAAUGCCUGGAAAGGACCCGCAGGGAGAAAUUUAUGGGUUGGUAUCAUUCCCAUCCUUUCGAUCUGAUCUUGGGAGAAGACUCACGGUCCCAUUGUUUCUUGUCCCAGACGGAUCUUUCGACGCAGCUUCAGUGGCAGCGGGCAGAAGAUCCACACGGGAAUCCGUUCUGCGCUGUGGUAAUCGAUCCGUUGCGUUCCAUGCACCUGGGGACGCCCCAGCUUAAGGCAUUCCGAGCCUUCCCCCCUGAAUAUCAGAGUCCGACUCCCAACGAGUGCCCCGAUGGUUCCAUUGUUGAGAGUGAAAAGCUGCGGUUGGAACGCUGGGGGUCCUGCUGGAAUCGUUACUACGAACUAGGAGUCGAAUACUACAUGAGUGCCGCCAGUCGCUCGAUUCUKGGGGAUCUCACACAAAACUAUUUGUGGAUGAAAUCCUUUCGGCGGGAAAACGCCGAGGACGGAGUCGCGUCCGGUGCCGAGGGGGGMGCCGGCGGAUCGCAAUCCGCCAUGGUGGGUGCGCUCAGGGAGAUUGCCAAGAGCGCCUCRUCCGUGACGAUUGCCAACGGCAGCGGCAACCAAGGCGCUGGCUUUGGAAUGUCCGCUGGCUUGGGCGGGGGUGGCUCGAUGGCAUCGCUGCGUGGCGAAUCUUCCGUCGUUCCCCUUGGUUCGGCUUCCUCGGUCGAGCCCCUGGUCCGCAGCCUUCGUUCCAGGGCCACGCAGGCAAUGACCGAACAAACCGCGCGGACCGUUCACGCCCGGGUGUUUGCGAAACUGAAUUCCUCGUCUCCAGGGAUGUCGGGAGAGGGAGACGAAUAGAAUGGUCCACAKGGCUGUAAAAGGAACAGCACCGCAAUUGUAUUGCUUUUGUCGGCGAAAAGAAUUGGUGCUGUGUUGCGAUCUGCCAACGACGACAAUGAGAUUUACCUGCGUUUAGUUUGUCACGGAUGCAUCUAUUGCCAWGGUACGACGAGAUUCCAUGRAGAUUUCUUUUCGAGAUUCAAACAUGAUAUUCAAUGCACGGUAGAUUAUGGAUAGAAUGAUGAUAGAAAGAUCGGAGCUUCGAGACAGGGCUUCAGAGCUAAACAUAUGCUUCGAAUGAUYUAGACUAUCUAAACAAUAUUGUAAUGGCGUGCGUGGUUGUAAUUAAAAGCGCRUGCGCGUA